CUCUCUCUCUCCCUGUCCCUCUCUCUCAGUAUCCCCUCCCUCUCUCUCUCUCUCUCCCCCAGCCCUCUUUCUCUCUUUCCAGACCGUCCAGCAAAAUGAACAGGUCCUUCUAGAGCUCUCCUCCUUUCUCCCGUAGUCUCAGAAAGUUCUGGAAACAGCCGGAAGGCAGUGUCUGCUUUCCCACCCCAAGCAGGAACAGAAGGGGGCCAGUGAUUGGGAUAAGCGGGCAGAAGCCACAGGAGUGACUGAACACACACACACGCACACACACACUGAGAGAGGUGAGCCUUCAACUGAGGACAGCAUGGCUCUGUUGUGCUACAACAAAGGUUGUGGUGAUAAGUUUGACAAGGACAAGAACUCAAAAGAUGCCUGUCUCUUUCACCCUGGAGUGCCCAUCUUCCACGAUGCACUGAAGGGGUGGUCUUGCUGCAGGAAGAGGACAACAGACUUCUCUGAAUUCUUGUCCAUCAAGGGCUGCACCCGCGGGCGCCAUAGUAACGAGAAGCCCCAGGAGCCUCUGAAGCCCGAGGUGUCGUCUGAUAAGGGCGAUCAGAAACAACAGAAUGGCGCCGAGAUCAUCUACCGGGGACCCAAAUCUGCCGAGGCUCUGAAGAAAGAGAGACCCAGUGCAGAGGAGGCCAAGUCCAAGCUAGCGGUGAAGGUGUCUCCUUCCCUGACCCAGCUCCUGGAGAAGAUGGAGAUCACCCAGAAGGAAAAGGACAAGAAACAAGAGGCAGAAGUUGUCAUGUACGGCACAAGGUGCAAGAACGCUUCAUGCACAACGAUGUACGAGAGCGCGAAGACCGAUGCAGAGCCAUGCACACACCACCCCGGAGGCCCGAUCUUCCAUGAAGGAUACAAGUACUGGAGCUGUUGCUGCAUAAAGACCAUCGACUUCAACGCCUUCCUGGACCAGAAGGGCUGCACAACAGGCAAACAUCGCUGGGUUGCCAGACAGGACAAGAAGAAGGUGGCGUGUCGCUUUGACUGGCAUCAGACUGGCGCCCAGGUGGUGGUGUCCAUCUACGCCAAGAACGCCAACCCUGAUUAUUCCUACGUGGAGGCCAAUCGCACCGUGAUGACCUGUCACAUCCAGUUUGAGAAUCAUAAGAUUUUCCACAAGGACUUCCACCUUUGGGGGGUGGCUGAUGUGGAGAAGAGUUUUAUCAACAUGGUGCCAUCUAAGGUGGAAGUGACUCUCCUUAAGGCUGACUCGGUGGCCUGGGGUAAACUGGAGGACCCCAACUUCAAGCCCGAGCCCGAGGAGGAUGUGGACGACCCCACGGAAGCAGAGCCGGUGCAGCAAGACUGGGACAUCGACGACGACGACAUCAGCGAGUCGGACUGGUCUGAUUCGGACACAGAGGAAGAGAAGAAGAAGAAGAGAGAGGAGGAAGAGCAGGCACAGGAGGCUGAGCCGCCAGAGCUGGAGGAGCUCAAAGAAACACCAGAGUUGAAGGAGACAAACAAACAAACAAACACGAAACAAAACUAAACAAAAACAACAAUCACAAACCUCCAUCCCCUAGAAAGUAUGGAUCCCUUUUUAAUGUAUGGUGUUUUAUUAAGUAUGUAAUAAAUCUGAGAGAAUGACUGUUUGUCGUUGAUCUGAACUAAACUGCCUUAUUUAGUGAUCUCAGGUAGCGACUGCAUAGGGACACACUUUCACAAUUACAGCUGUAAAAUGAAAAGAAAAGUAUUUAGGACAUUUACUGUUGGCUAGUUAUUUUUGUUAUUAUUGUUAUAAUGUGAAUAAAAAUGGACUGCUUUGAAGAUUA